AGGCAGACAGAGGGGAGAGAGAAGAAACCGGUCCGAAAUUACUUCACAUUAAAUAAGAGGAGUAAACCGAUGAUUUUGUAACCAGGACUUUAAAGCACAGGAUUUUUUUCGCACUGGAUAUUUUCCUUUAAUGGUUCGUGUCGGAUGAAUAUUUCCCCUUGAAGGUAGAUUCCUCCUAAUGAGACCUUUUGGCAGGAACGGCUAUUUUUUCAGAGCCUGCAUAAAAAACAUACCUGUCUCGGGUCUCAUGUAACAACAAAAUGGGAUUUAUUUUUCCUUUCCAUGAGGUAGCCAAGCCCAGCCGGUGACAUCUGAAUCAGCUGGGUCGUGUCGAGAAGAUUGUGGAUUUACGUUUUUUUUUUCUUAUUCUACCUCCCUGAAUAUCUCCAAGGGAGAAACCCCACAGGGACACGGUUUUCCAGCAGCCAAAAUGAGCUUCGAUUUAAUUGAAUCAACUACAUGAGUGGAUUCAAAACAAACACCUAUUUCUCCAAAGGAGCCCACAUUUUCUGAGCGGCGCCAGUGUCUGUGGAAAAUAUGGAAAGCGAGGUUUUCACCCCUUUGCUGGAGCAGUUUAUGCUCACGCCUCUGGUCUGCUGGGUGAAGACAGUCGGUCAGGCGACACUGACCGAUGGCACCCAAUUAUCGGAAUAUAUCGAAUUAGUGGAUGGGAUUUACCUGAAUGAGAUCAUGCUCGAGAUAAAUCCCAAGGCCACGGUGCAGAGGACCAACAAGAAGGUGAACAAUGACCCCACGCUGCGCAUCCAGAACCUUUCUAUUCUCAUCAGGCAGAUUAAAGACUACUAUCAGGAAACUCUCCAGCAGCUGGUGAUGAUGCCCUUACCAAACGUCCUGAUACUUGGCAAGAACCCUCUGUCUGAACAAGGUCUGGAGGAGGUCAAAAAACUGUUGCUGCUGCUACUGGGGUGUGCUGUCCAGUGUGAGAAAAAGGAAGAGUACAUCGAGUGUAUCCAGACUCUGGACUUUGACACCAAAGCUGCCAUAGCAUCCCACAUCCAAGAGGUAACCCAUAAUCAGGAGAAUGUAGUGGACAUGCAGUGGUUGGAAAGCGGGGAAAUGCCUCCUGAGGACCUGGACAGCCUCUCCAGAAACCUGGCUUUCCACCUCAAACGCUUGGUGGAUGAGCGGGACACACAGCUGGAGACAAUAGUGGAGUUAACCCAGGAGAGAGACUGUGUGCAGCUCUCCCCUCUGGCUACCUGUUCGACCCAGUCUCCCGGUGACUCCCCCGGGAUGAGGAGGACCGAGAGCCGUCAGCACCUCUCUGUGGAGUUGGCUGAUGCCAAGGCCAAGAUCAGACGCCUUCGACAGGAACUAGAGGAGAAGAGCGAGCAGCUCUUGGACACCAGGCAGGAGCUGGACAACAGUGAAGUGGAGCUCAAGAAGCUUCAGCAGGAGAGCUACCAGUUGCUGUCGGACGCUCGGUCGGCUCGGGCCUACCGCGACGAGCUCGACGCACUCAGAGAGAAAGCAAUCCGUGUCGACAAGCUGGAGAGCGAGCUGAGCCGAUACAGGGAGAGACUUCACGACAUCGAGUUUUACAAGGCCAGAGUCGAGGAGCUGAAGGAGGACAACCAGGUCAUGUUGGAAACUAAGAGCAUGCUGGAGGAGCAGCUGGAUGCUAGCAGGCAGCGCUCUGACAAACUGCACCUCCUGGAGAAAGAGAGUCUGCUGCUGAAAUCCAAGAUCCAUGACCUGGAGAUGGAGCGAGACAUGGACCGUAAACGUAUGGAGGAGCUGAUGGAGGAGAACCUUGUGCUGGAGAUGGCUCAGAAACAGAGCAUGGACGAGUCCCUGCACCUGGGCUGGGAGCUGGAGCAACUGUCCAAGACACCAGAUCUGACAGAAGCCCCUCAGAAGUCUCUGGGCGAGGAGGUGAAUGAGCUGACCUCGAGCCGCCUGUUGAAGCUGGAGAAAGACAACCAGACGCUGCUGAAGACUGUGGAGGAGCUCAGAGGAGCAACCAGUCAGGACACCGUGACCAAACUGUCCAAAGCCAGCCAGGAGAACCAGAGACUGAACCACAAGCUGGAGCAGUUGGAGAGUGAACUGACCUCCGACAGAGACUCGCUCCGCAGCGCCGAGUCUCUCAGUACUGACCUGAUGAAGGAGAAGGCUUUACUGGAGAAGACUCUGGAAACACUCAGGGAAAACUCUGAGAGACAGCUGAAGGGUCUGGAGCAGGAGAACAAGCACCUGAGUCAGACGGUGUCAUCUCUGCGUCAGCGCUGCCAGGUCGGUGCUGAGGCCCGUGUCAAGGACGUGGAGAAGGAGAAUCGAGUUCUCCACGAGUCCAUCUGCGAGACCACCGCCAAACUCAAUAAGAUGGAGUUUGAAAGGAAACAACUACGAAAGGAGCUUGAAGUGGUGAAGGAGAAAGGUGAAAGAGCAGAAGAACUGGAGAUUCAGAUUCAGAAGAUGGAGAACAAGGAGAGCCUGCAGAAGAAGGUUGCCAGUCUUACAAUCACCUGUGAAAAGGUGUCUUCUUUGGAGAAGGAGAACACCGAGCUGGAGGCGGAGGGCCGUCGUCUGAAGAAGAAGCUUGACACCCUGAAGAACAUGGCCUUCCAGCUGGAGGCUCUAGAAAAGGAAAACUCCCAGCUGGAGCAUGAAAACCUUGAGGUUCGGCGCUUGGCUGAGAGUCUCCGGUCAUCGGGAGCAAAGGCCGCUCAGCUGGAGGCAGAAAACAGGGAGCUGGAGAGCGAGAGGAGCCAGCUGAAGCGCAGCCUAGAACUGCUCAAAGCCUCGUCCAAAAAGACGGAGAGAUUAGAGGUGAGUUACCAGGGCCUAGAUACAGAGAACCAGCGCCUGCAGAAGGCUUUAGAAAACAGCAGCAAGAAGAUUCAACAGUUGGAGGCAGAGCUGCAAGAGGUGGAGACUGAGAAUCAAAGCCUGCAACGCAACCUGGAGGAGCUCAAGAUCUCCAGCAAACGCCUGGAGCAGCUGGAGCAGGAGAACAAGUCUCUGGAGCAGGAAAGCUCCCAGCUCGAGAAAGACAAGAAGCACCUGGAGAAGGAGAACAAGCGGCUGAGGCAGCAGGCCGAGAUCCGCGACUCCAAGCUGGACGACGACAACCAGCGCAUCGCCACCCUGGAGAAAGAGAACCGGACGAUGGGCAAGGAGAUGAUCUUCUUCAGGGACUCCUGCACGAGAGUCAAAGACCUGGAAAGAGAGAACAAGGAGCUGGUCAAAAUAAGCACCAUCGAUAAGAAGACCCUCAACAAUCUCAGAGAGGAGCUAGUGAGUGAGAAGCUGCGGACUCAGCAGAUGCACAAUGAUCUGGAGAAGCUGACUCAUGAGUUGGAGAAGAUUGGAAUUAACAAGGAAAGGCUGCUGCAUGACGAGAGCUCUAGCGACAGGUUUAAGCUCCUGGAAACCAAACUGGAGUCGACACUGAAAUCAUCUUUGGAGAUUAAAGAGGAGAAGAUCGCAGCGCUAGAGGCCAGACUGCAGGAGUCCUCCAACCUCAACCAGCAGCUCCGCCAGGAGCUCAAGACAGUGAAGAAGAACUAUGAGGCGCUGCGUCAGAGGGAGGAGGAGGAGAGGAUGGUGCAGAGCUCUCCCCCUAGAGGAGGGGAAGACCCUCAGGCUGUCAGUAAAUGGGAGAAAGAGAGUCAUGAAACCACCAGAGAGCUGCUGAAAGUGAAAGACAGACUCAUUGAGGUGGAGAGGAAUAAUGCAACGCUGCAGGCUGAGAAGGCGGCCCUGAGGAGCCAGCUCAAACAACUGGAAACUCAGAGCUGCAAUCUGCAGGCUCAGAUAGUGGCCGUGCAGAGGCAGACUGCUUCUCUGCAGGAGAACAACACGUCACUGCAGACACAGAACGCCAAGCUGCAGGUGGAGAACUCCACCCUGAGCUCCAAGAGUGGCGCCCUCAUGGCCCAAAAUGCUCAGCUGCAGAGCCAGCAGAGCAGCGUGGAGGGGGAGCGCGAGGGAGCUCUGAAGGACAAAGAGGAGCUGAGGUCCACCUACGAGCUGCUCCUCCGAGACCACGAGAAGCUGGCGGCGCUCCACGAGAGGCAGGCGUCCGAGUACGAAGCCCUGAUCGGAAAACACGGCGGCCUGAAGACCUCCCACAAGAGCCUGGAGCAGCAGCACAGGGACCUGGAGGACAAGUACAAGCAGCUCCUGCAGAGGAAGGGAGAGCUGGAGGAUCUGGAGAAAAAUCUGAAGGAACAGCAGGAAAAAAUGGCGCUGGAGAAUCAAACGCACCAAUCCACAGCUGACCAGUUCAAACUGCUCAAAGAAGAAAAUGAUAGGCUGAAUAAUACCUAUCGUCAACUGGUGAAGGACAAUGAGAACCUCCACCUGGACCAUAAGAACGCAAAGACCCAGCUGAACAGCGCCAAGCUGGAGCAGACCAAGCUGGAGGCCGAGUUCUCUAAACUGAAGGAGCAGUACCAGCAGCUGGACAUCACCUCCACAAAACUCACCAACCAGUGUGAGUUGUUGAGCCAGGUUAAAGGAAACCUGGAGGAGGAGAAUCGCCACCUGUUGGACCAGAUCCAGACUUUGAUGCUGCAGAACCGCACACUGCUGGAGCAGACCAUGGAGAGCAAGGACCUGUACCAUGUAGAGCAAAGACAAUACAUAGACAAGCUGAAUGAGCUGAGGAGACAGAAAGAGAAGCUGGAGGAGAAGAUCAUGGACCAGUACAAGUUCUACGACCCCUCGCCUCCACGCAGGCGUGGCAACUGGAUCACUUUGAAGAUGAAAAAAUUGAUCAAGCCGAAGAGCCGGGAGAGGAUGCGCUCCCUCACGCUGACUCCCUCUCGUUCAGAGUAUGGCGACGGCUUCCUGACGCUUCCCCAGGACUGCCAGGACAGCUCGUCCAUCGGCUCUGGCUCCAACUCACUGGACGACACACUCUCACAGAAGAAGAGCAGCAGGAGGAGAGGGCAGCAAUCCAAUGCCCAAGGGCAGGGUUCAUCCAAUGCUUUAAAAAGGUUGCCUUUCAUGAGGAACAGAUCCAAGGACAAAGACAAGGCCAAGGCCAUCUACCGGCGCUCCAUGUCCAUGAACGACCUGCUGCAGACCAUGGCGGUGGCGGGCGGCCCCGGGGCUGAGUGGGCGAGCAGCAUCGAUAACCUGGACGGUGCUGAGGCCGGAGACGCCGGCAUGACGGGGAACAGCAGGCGCAGUGGGCAGCGCAUGAAGGAACUCGCUUACUCCACCAACGCCAUCGACUACGCCACCCUCACCCUGCCCACCGCCAGGCAGAGCAGGGCCAAGCUCCGGCUUCAGGUCAAAGCAGAUAAUAUCUCAUGUGAGGAUGUUGCCGGCUCCUUAGACGACCCCAAGAGUCAAGUCCCUUACCCAGCCUCCAGACCCACCAGUCUCCAUAGCAACAGGACCAUCAGUAGUAAUAGUAACAAUAACUCCCACCUCAUUUCUCCUCUGGAGGGCAAAGUCACGUUGAACGGCAGCCUGAGCCGGCCCCACAGUGAGAGCAGCGGGGAGUUCAGCCUGAGUUUGGAUCAGGAGGUCUGGUCCAGCAGCGGCAGCAGCCCAGUCCAGCAGCCCUCAUCCUCCCGCGCCUCCCACCAGAGCCCCCUGCAGCUGCGCCGCUCGCUCGACCAGUCCUGCGCCGCCGGCAGCCCAGGACAGACGCCGGGCAUGAAGACGGGGUCCCCUGCCUGCGAGGUACUGUCCCUGCAGCAGUUCCUGGAUGAGGGGAUCGAUCCUGCAGAGUCUGGCAGUCAGGAGAACCUCACUGUCGACUCUCCCCGCCUCUCCACCUCAUCUGAGCAUGCGCCGAAAGAACGCCCUGUGACGAAGAGCCGAGGCAUCCUCCGCUCCUCCAGCGGGAAAGCGGCGCCCGUCAACUCCGAUCGUCCUCCGAGAUCCUCCGGACAGCCGGGCCGCCCGACUCUGCGUAAGGCGGAGAGCACCCGAGUGAGAGGCUCCGUCCCGGUCCGCUCCAGUCUUUCAUCGCAGGGCAAAGCUACGUCUGUGUCUGGACUCCUCGACGUCGCCUCCUCCACCUUGCCCCGAGCCAGCAGCGUCAUCUCCACCGCAGAGGGCACCACGAGGCGCACCAGCAUCCACGACCUGCUCUCCAAGGACAGCCGGCCGCCCGUGUCCGUCGACCUUUCUCCCCACGGCGCCGCCUCUAAGGCUGGGGUUCGCUCCCAGCCGACACCCAAUGUGGAGGGCAGAAAGUCUAAAAGCAGGAGCGGGGAGCCGCAGCAAAGCUAAACUGCUACCAUGCUGUGAGCGCGUGAGAGAAAGGUGGCCUUGGAGCUGUUUGUCUGAAGCCUAGUAGAGUUAAUCUGCUGAGACCGUCUACAGUGAGAAAAGAUUGUAUAUCCCUGUUUGCUUUUCCUCCCCUUUUUUGUUUUGUUUUAUUUUAACCCAGGACAUUUGGUUAGAGAAAAGUGGCUUCCUUCUCUGUUUUUGGUUUUUCUUCCUUGAAUCAAGGAAACAGAAAAAAUACUAGAAAAUGUUGCUGUGACAGUUUUGUUCUUCUGUAAAGACUAAAGCUGUGGCAGAUUGCACUGCCAUGUGUCCUUCAGUGUGACGGACUGCUAGAUGUGCACUAUGGACUAAGACUAAGUGCCAAUGUUCACAGGACAGCCAAAAGGGCAAUCUUAAACCAGACUGAUGUGACUCCAUUUUGGAUUUUCUGUGCAACUUUAAAGUCAGUAGGACCUUCUUCUGCCUAACGCCAUGAUGACAAAAUGUUUUGUAAAUGGGCAGCAUGGACAAGAAAAUAAAGCAUUCAUUCUGGCUUGUACAGAACAUUUUUAAAGCAUGUCAGCACCAACCUGGUAACAAAUGCUGAAAAUCACAAUCUGCAUGGAGCAAUCAAUCAGCCAAUCACCCCGCUUCCUUUGUCCAAUCAAAGAAGAGGACAGCGUUCAGUGGGGAGGUUAUUUGAAAGGAUGCCAAAUGGACUUGGACAGGAAGCCAUAGCAGCUGUGUGACUGGCGUCUGUCGCCUGCCAAUCAAGAGUGAAGGUUGUGUGAUCUGAGAGAAAAAGAGACUCAUCGUGGGAGUGUGUCAGAUGACCUUUAAAACAACUGCAGGCCCUGAAACGCAUCCUACACACUGUUCAUCUUAGCUUAUAUCAUAUAUCGUCAUAGAUCGGUAAACUACAUCAUGCCAUGUAUCGCUUCCCAUCCUGCUCUGAAGAGGAAACUGUAAAAGCACACUUCCUGUUAACUCCAUACCUCCACAGUACGGUGUUUGUAUUUCCUGAGAAGGCCCUCAGUAUACGUGACCGACCCAGUGCGUGCAGACUCCUGUAGCUGUGUUGAACAUGGUGGUGAUGAAACCCAGUGUUUUCCUCCUUUUCCACUUUUUACAUAAAUCCAUUUGAUGUAAUUAAAAAUCAUCAAGACUUAA